GCCUACUCUGUUAAUCUGUCCAAAAGUGGACAGUAGUCUCUCACUUCUCCCAAGGAGUAUAAAGGCAGCAGCCAGGUGGGCAUAGGGCUGACAGACAGAGAAACUUACUUGGAGACAUAAAGACAAGGGGAUCCUCCUCCAAACAAAGAAUCUAAAACAAAAUGGACAUUGCUGUUCCAGCCGCCGCCGACAAGAAGGCCGCCCCCAGGUUCAAGCAGAGGGCUGCUCGUACCUUCAAGAGCAAGGCCCCAAAGCCUGGCCAGAAGGGAUUCGGCGACGACAUCCCCGGCAUGGAGGGUCUCGGCACUGACAUCACGGUGGUGUGCCCAUGGGAAGCCUACGGGGACCUGGAGCUCGGGGACCUGGCCAAAUACGGAAUCGUCUAGAAUCUUCUAGAAACAACUUCCUGACCCUCCCCCCCAUCAUCUCGACAUCUUCAUUGUUUGUCUCCCUAUGACCAUGUGAAGGAUGCUAGUGGGGUCACACAGCAGGCCCUAGUCUGGAGCCACCCUAUGUCUGUGUAUAUCUUGUCUGGUGCAGACUCAGUAUCUACGCAUUGAUACUUGGAUGUCUAGUUCAACAAAAUUCCUCACAAAGGCAAAUACUAUUUACUUAGCAAGAAAUGUGACAACUUUUAAGAUAAUCAUCAUCUAAUAUGGUCUGUUUUGUUUGUCGAUUCAUUGGCUGUAGGAAAUAUCUUAUUUAACCUGUUUCUCAUUUAUAUUUGCCAAUGUGAGAGAUGUAUUUGUAUAUCCUUGUAGGCCUACUUAUCCAUUUAUUUAUCAAAAUAAAUGGAUAACCCUACAGGAUAUGCUAAUAUUUGUCCAUUCGACAGACUGUUACAUCUACAAUCAAAUGCUGAAUAAAUGAAAAGUUCUUGACGUGUGAAA